AUGAAUUUCCAGAUUCUUCCAAGGAGUUUUGUGAGGGCAAAUGGUUUAGAGACAAGAUUUGGGCAGAUUAUUAUGAUGAAUGAAAAGGGUAAAUCAUGGACUUUAGUUUUGAAACAAAAGAAAUUACAUCCAGUUACUUAUAUCAGAGGAGGGUGGAGAAAUUUCUGCCAUGCCAAUAAACUUAGAGCUGGAAAUUUCUAUACUUUUAAAUUGAUUCAAAGAGGAAGAACUUUGGUUCUACGUUUUUCGCCUACCGAGCCAGAAGAAGAAGAAGAGAACUCAGAAGCUAAUGAAGUAGAGUCUCUUUCCUCAGAACCGGAAAGCGAUGAAGAGAGCAGCCAAGACGAGAGGAGCUCACAAGAAAAGGAAAAGAGGGGUAGAUCUAUAUGGAAACCUUCAUCUUCACCAUCUCAAAACCGAUUCGUGACAGUAACUGUUACACCUUACAACUUCAGAAUAUCUAGACUGGUUCUUCCAGUACCUUACACAAAAGUGACUGGCAUAAAAAAUGCAAAGAAUGUGAGUCUGUUGGACAAACACGGCGUGAAGUGGUCUACGGAAAUGUUGUUUGAGAAGAGAACUAAGAGAAUGAGAUUGGUAGGAAGUUGGAGAGAGUUCUGCAAUGCUAACUGUGUUGAGAUAGGAGAGUCGUUCAUCUUGGAGCUCAUUUGGGAAGCAGACAGAAGCUCUGUUCUUAAGUUCUCCUCCAAGGUGAAGCCCAAGACCAAAUGA